AUGUAUUGUGUGAGCUUUGGUUUCAAUUUCCGUCAAAUUCUCGUGCUCAUCCUCAAAUCAGCAAAAGAAGUUCUCUCCGCACACUUGGGCUCUGUUCCGUUUAACGAGGCUGGCUGGAGAUACAUUUUAGAAAAACAUGAAGCUGUACCAGAAGGAACAACCGUUCCAGUGAAGAAUGUACUCUUCACGGUUGAAAAUACGGAUCCAGAAUGCUACUGGCUGGUCGGUUACUUAGAAACGAUCCUGCUCCAGUGCUGGUAUCCAUCGACCGUGGCCAGCUACAGCCACGAAAUGAAGAAAGUAAUUCACCAGGCGCUCAAGGCGACUUCAGGAAACUUCAGCGAUCUGGAUUUCCAGCUUCACGACUUUGGCUUCCGCGGCACUAGUUCAAUCGAAAGCGCUGGACUGGGCGCCUGCGCUCAUCUGGUCAAUUUCAAAGGGACGGACACGAUAGCUGGCUUGACGACUGCGCGAAAGUACUACCACAGUAAGUGUGCCGGCUUUUCCGUCCCUGCUUCUGAACACUCGACGACGACAGUUUGGGGACCGAACAACGAAAGACAGGCGUUUCAGAACAUGCUCACUGUCUUUCAGGACGGAAUAGUUUCCGUCGUUUCUGAUAGUUAUGACAUCUACCACGCCUGCCGGACGAUCUGGGGUGAGCAACUCAAAGAAGACAUCAUCAAGCGCGGCGAAAACGGCGGCAGACUAGUGGUCCGUCCCGACUCGGGCGACCCGGCCACAGUUGUUCUCCAACUACUUGAAAUCUUUGAAGAAAAGUUCGGAACGAAGAAAAACGCGAUGGGAUUCAAAGUGCUUCCCAAUUUCAUCCGAAUCUUACAGGGAGACGGAAUUAAUCUGGAAUCAGUUGCGCACAUCUUCGAGCACUUGAAAGAAAACGGAUGGUCAGCUGAAAACAUCGUCCUUGGCUGCGGCGGCUCGCUUCUUCAGAAACACAAUCGAGACACGCAAAAGUUCGCCUUCAAAUGCAGCUUUGCCGUCGUCGAUGGAAAGGGCAUCGAAGUCUACAAAGACCCAAUCACGGACAAAGUGAAGAAGUCGAAAAGAGGGAAGAUGGCGCUGGUAAAGAAUGGAGACGAGAAACUCGACUUCGAAACGAUCCAACAUGCGCAACACAUGAAUGGGGACAUUGAAGCCAAAGACGUUCUUCAGCCCGUUUUCCAAGAUGGAAAGCUUCUGGUUGAUUACACUCUAGGAACGGAUUUACGACGCAAUUUCUUCAAAGAGGGGCUCGAAGCCUUUGUAAAAACCUUAGUCAGGGUCCUGAGAAUGCUCUGA